AUGGGUAUUUCAUGUUCUUAAUGUAACUGUGAUAAUAAGAACAAUGAAAGAGAUGUAUUGUCGUUUUAAAUUGAAGAAUGUAUAACAAUACCAACAUGUUAAUCCAAUAUCGAAAAAACUUAGAUGUUGAAAAAGAAAAUGGCAAUAAUAAUUUAAAAAUAUUGGAGAGGUUACCUUGUUAGACAAAAAAAUAAAUAAGAAACACCAGUAGAUCAAUCCUUUACUAAAACAAUAAUAAGUGGAGUUACCAUCUCUAAUGAUGAUUUAGAUCGUAUUUAAAAACCUCCUUACAAGUAUGUUAUCUAAACAUAAGAUUUGCAGGUGGAGCUGUUUAUACAGGAGAAUGGAGAGGGAUAUCUCGAGAUGGAUAUGGUAUUUAAGUUUGGCCUGAUGGAGCUCAGUAUAAAGGAGAAUGGAAACAUAACAAGGCCAAUGGUACUGGUAAAUUUAUCCAUGCAAAUGGGGAUUUCUAUGAAGGUGAAUGGGAAAACGAUAAAGCUAAUGGUUAUGGAAUUUACUAACAUAUUGAAGGACCAAAAUUUGAAGGAAAUUGGCUUAACGACAAAUAACAUGGUUUUGGUAUUGAACGUUGGCCAGAUGGUUCUUAUUAUGAAGGAGAUUACUUUAAUUCUUUUAAAUAAGGCAAAGGGAAAUAUGUUUGGAGUACAGGUCAAAUGUAUAUAGGUGAAUGGAUCUAAAAUUAAAUUUCUGGAUAUGGAAGCAUGAUUUGGUUAGAUGGUAGAAAAUAUGAAGGAGAAUUUCAUUGUGGUACAAUGCAUGGACGCGGAGUUUAUACUUGGCCAGAUGGACGAAAAUAUUAAGGACAGUAUUUUAAAGACAAAAAGCAUGUAAAAAAUAUUAAUAGUUUAGGGAUAUGGUAUAUAUGAUUGGGGAGAUGGAAGAAUAUAUGAAGGAGAAUGGGAGUAUGGAAAAUAACAUGGAAAAGGAUUUUUUAGUAUGAAUUAAUCAAGUUUUGAAGGUUAAUGGAAUAAAGGAAAGAGAAUCACUUGA